UGUAACGCAUGUGCAAUGUUCUAUUUACGAAAGAAAAUGAAGCAUUGCUCUGAUGGUUUGCAAACUUCUAGAACCCAAUCUUUAGGAUAAAAUGAAAAUAUAUCGGAGGAUAUGGGAAUAGAUAUGUUAACAGCACAUUGAUGCUGUUAGACAUGAAAAAAUAAUAUGGCCAACAUGCAGUGACUGUUAUUAAAAUGGAGUGGUGAAGCAGAAAUAUAACAGAUGGCUGUCAGAGGGUUGCUUUCAGUGAACAAGAACAUCAAUCCUGAUGCUUGGAUGGAGAGAGCGCUGGAUGAAUUUCACUUGUUACCUAAACUGCAUCAGGCAAUAUAUCAAAAUAAUUUAGAAAAUGUUAAAAAUUUGAUAAACAGUGGGUGCAAUAUUAAUGAAAAGAAUGACAUGGGAGAAACCGCACUCUAUUUUGCAGCUUAUUUUGGAAAACAGAAGAUUCUUGAAUAUCUUUUUUCCUGUGUUGACCUACAAGUUAUGGGAGAAUACAGAGGAGAAUCUGAAUUACAUGCAGCUGCACGUGCUGGACACAUAGAGUGUCUGAGGCUGUGCCUAAAAAAUGGCAGUUACAUAGAUGCACAGUCAUUAGAAGACAACUGGACUGCACUUCAUAUAGCCUGCUUCAGAAAAGAUACAAAUAUCAUUCGCUUGUUGAUGGAAAACAAAGCUAAUACCAAUGUUGUUGCACACUAUGGCUAUAAACCAAUUAAUUUACUAUUUAUUCUAUUUGACCCACAAGCUUAUUUAAUUGUACGCUGCUUAGACACUGAUUUGAUUUUGCAGUGCAUGGAAGAAUUGCUAGUUAGUCCAUAUGUAGAUGUGAACCAUUGGUCUUUCAUUCCUGGUAGGACAGGGCCCUUCGUUUCUGCAAAUCCAACACCUUUAGAAAGAGCCUGUGGGAUUGUAAGUCCUGAUUUGGUUCGGCUUUUGUUGAACAAUGGUGCAAGGGCUGAUGGUAUUUAUCAGAAGUCCUGUGUGAGAAUACCACUGUUAUGUCUUUUUCAUUUACUGGACACCUUGUCUUCAUUUAAGCUGGACACAUGUCAGAAAAUACAGGAUUUUCAAAGGUGCAUUGAACUCUUAUUAUGUCAUGGCAUUAAAAAUGAUGUAAUGCAAUUGUUUACUAGACCAAAAGAUUAUAGAAAAAAAACAGUGGCUGGUGCAAGACUGAGAACUAUCACCAAUAUAAGACAGCAGAUAAGAAAAAAGAACAUGGAGGAAUAUUUUCCAGAAUAUUUGAAGUCAGAAUGGAAGAGAUUUCUGUCUUGGCUACAAUUUAAAGAGAACAAUGUAUCAUCUUUAAAAUCCUUAGUGCGAAUGAAAAUAAGAGAAACAGUAGGUCACAGAGUCCAAUGUCAUGUUAAAGAAUUACCUAUUCCAAGAUUGCUUAAGGAAUGUGUGCUCCUGUAUGAUAUUUGAUGAGCUGACAACAUUCAUUCACAUAAUUUUACAAGCAUAAUUUAAUAGAAAAGCAAAUGUCUUUUUAGGCUAUGCCUGGAUGUUCAUAUGUACAUGUAUAACUACUGGUGCUGUUAUAAUAAAUGCUACAU